AUGAAACCCAAACUGGGUAUUUUCGCACCGAGAAUACGGCCAUGGCAACCGCAUCGCACCUUCUGCCAGCACUUUCUGAGAGGUGAUGGCUUGCCUCGGCUGCGCCAAAGCGCGGCCCGAGUUCCGGUGCGGCCGCUGCCGCGUGGCGCGCUUCUGCGGCGAGGCAUGCCAGCGCCGCGCCGCCCAGGAGCACCGACCCUACUGUGCACCGCCAGAUGAUGCGUCGGCGGCCGGUGAAGCGCAUUGGCUGCUUUCACUAGGCUUGCGACAGGACGGAAAGGUGGUCGGCCAGAGGCAGCUGUCUGAGCAGGAGCUCUGGGACUACAUCACCGCAUCCAAGCGCGGCCUGGCGCGGCUCCUCUUCGGGCGGAACGGCUUCGAGGUGUCCUUGCGCCCACUGCUGCGGGCGAUGACGGCGCAGGGGAGGUGGCCGCUGGUGAUGAGCUCCAGGCCCCAGGGCCACGUCACGGAGCUGCCCAGCUGGGAGCUCUGCGCGCUGCUCAGCGGGCGACUGCUGCGCUGGGCCCAGCUGCUGCGGGCGGAGGGGCAACAGAAGCUGAUCUUCCUGGGCAUCGGCUCAGGGGACGCUUUGGUGGAGGCCGCGGUGGCGUUGCACCUGGGGGCGGCGCUGGGGAAGGCGGUGGAUCUCGAGGAGUCGCCUUUGCGGGUGGCCUUUGCAGAAGACUUUGAGAUCUGCGUUAUUGCCACAGACAGCGAGAAGGAUGAGGACCUCUCGCAGAAUCGUGUGGCAGAGGCGCCUCGUGAGCUCGACGUGCAGCGCCUGGGCCGCCGGGAGGCGGUACGGCGCUACGCGAAGGAAGCCCCGCUCUACGUCUUCAGCUGCUGGAUGCCCAUGCACGCCGUGUGGUGCUCUGACGUGGUGGAGGAUGCCGGCACCCAACUCGCUGAGAUGUGCUUCCUCUCCGCGCCGCCGGAGCUAAUCCAGGUGCCGCGUCAGGAGGUGCACCGUGCCGCCACGGCGCAGAUGCUGGCGACCCAGGAGGUGUUUCCCAAGACGCUGAGUCGCUGGGACUUCCUGGCAUCAGGCUUCGCGCUUGGUGAGGAGGGCCUCUUCCACAGCCAGCUCUACAUCACAGCCCGUCGCGGCGGGCCUCCGUGUGAUCCCCCGGCCCCGCUGCUGCACACUCUGGGCUGCUACCGCGAGCGGAUGCUUUCGGACUCGGACCUUACGGCGGUGAACGUGUGUCGCGGCGUGGGCCUGUUCCACGUGCAUUCGCGGCAGGACCUGGCGGCAGCGGUGCCGGGCACCACGCUGCUGAGCCUGCGCCAGGCCCUGUGCGAGCCGGGCGUCCAGGAGCGCUUCGCCGAGUGCUUGAAGUACCUGCAGGGCACGGCCUACAAGCAGGUGGCCCGGCUCUUUGCGCUGAAGCCGGAGCCAGAGCAAAACGGCGUGCGCUCCGGGAAGGGGAGGUGCUCCGAGCGAUCCAAAGGUUUCUUGUACUUUGGGUUCACUUUGCUCCGGGGUUUGCAAAAGCCCAACGCGCAGCUCUUUCCUCAGGCUCUACACAAAGAAUCCUCGGACGGCCCUCCUUUGGAGGCGUUGCGCACCUGUACCUCGGAGAGUAUUUGGACGGCGGGCGACCGACGUCGCCUGCGCGUGAGGCGCCAGGAGCAACUGAAGACUUUCCUGCGACAGCAUGGUUUCCACGAGGUGUCUGCGCCCCAAUCCUCGGGCUGCUGGUCCUUUUUCGCAAAGGAGCGGAUCUAUCCUCUUCACCUGGCGGCGCGGCAGGGCAACUGCGACAUGGUCCGCAUCCUCCUUGCAGAAGGAGCAGAUCCCCAGCAGCUCACGUCGCGGAAGCGUUCGGCGCUGGACCUGGCGAAGCAGUGCAAGGACGCCCUGCAGCGCGAGAAGGUGCUCGGGCUGCUGACUAGCCGCGUGAAGGUACUGGACCUUCGCUCCGCUUUGGACCUGAUGGUGCCGAAUUCAGCCGAUGAUCCCCUCAGAUGA